AAUAUCAUGUAUGACGUGUCGUCAAUUUAGAUUUUAGAUUUUAUAUCUAUUUUCCCUUAGUAUUUACCGUGACAUUUAUUAAAUUGAUAUUAUUACAUAGACAGUCGACGAAGAGCGAUGCUACAACGGCAACAUAUGUUCCUUUCACAAACUCUGGAUUUAUAAUUCAUCAUUUUCUUAAGGAACAAAAAAGAAUCAAUUAUCUUCAUUCUAUAUUGAUUUUUUUUCAAUUUAUAAAAGGCACGAUGAAAAUGGAAUAAUAUGGAAAAUAAAAGUGAUGAAGUUAAAUUUGUAGAUCAGGGAAAUGACAUUGGUAAUUAUGGAAUAGUAGAUGAAGAUGAGAUCGAAAAUGUAGAUGGAAUCAAGAUGAAAAAAGAAAAAGAUGAUAGUGUAGAGGAUACGAAUUCUAGCUGUUUGAUGUGCAAAGGAUGCUACGUUCCAAAACGAUUUGUUGUGACAGCCAUGACUUCAUUGGGAAUGCUCUUAACCUAUGCCAUGAGAUCAAAUUUCGGAGUAACAGUGAUAACCAUGUUAGAUAAUAGUGCUCAUAUGAAAGUACACGAAGCAGCAAUGUUUAACUUACCAACAGUACAAUGGGAUACCAGAGAGAUUGGCUUUCUACAUGCUGUAUUCUAUAUUGGAUAUAUAAUAACACAUAUCCCUGGUGGCUAUCUGACAACUAUAUGGGCUAGUCAUAGAAUAUUUGGUGGCUGUAUUCUGUUUUCGGCCGUUAUGAAUUUAUUACUACCAGUUUUUGUUGAGGAGGUUGGCUACAUAGGAACGUGUUGUCUCCGUGGAUUCCAAGGCAUGGGAGAAGGUUUACUGUACCCGGCGUGUUAUGGUCUUCUUCGACAUUGGUCUACUACAAAAGAAAGGGGGAGACUUGUUUCAGCAGUGCUUACAGGUAGCUAUGCAGGUGCUAUUAUUGGCUUCCCGAUGGCGGGAUUCAUUACACAUUAUAUUGGUUGGCAGUAUGUGUACUAUGUAUGUGGAGGUGUAUGUAUAGUAUGGUAUUUCAGCUGGUUGUGUUUAGUGUAUGAGAAACCUUCACAUCACACUACUAUCAGUGAUGAAGAGUACAACUACCUGUGUGACGCCCAAGGAAGUGACGUCAUCGAUUAUGUUAAUUUGAAAAUACCAUGGGCUCAGAUUUUAACAUCACUUCCCGUUAUAGCUCUCUGUAUAUGUCAUUUUGCCAGAAACUGGAUAUUCGUGUUUAUGUUAACAAAUGAACCAUAUUAUCUUAAUAACUUUGGAUUUUCUAUAGCUGAGUCAGGUUCCUAUUCUUCAAUACCUCAUAUAGUGAAAGUUUUAGUAGCUUUUGGUAGUGGUUACAUAGCUGACUUGCUACUUCUGCGAUGUUCACCUACUGUUGUCAGAAAGCUGUUGACUGGUAUAGGGUUUAGUAUCGUAGCCUUGAGUUUUUUUAUCCUGACAUUUUGUGAGACCGGCGUUAGUGCUAUUUUGGUUCUUUGUAUAGCUGCUGGAUUUUUCGCUGUUUCCAUUUCAGGAUGGCAAAUCAAUCACUAUGACCUCUCAGCCAGAUAUGUAGGUAUUCUGGUAAGCGUUACCUCAGCUUUUGGUACACUUGGUGCAAUAGCCGUUCCCUUGGUAACAGGAGAGUUAACGAAAGAUAGGACUCUUGAUGGAUGGGAUGACAUAUUCUACGUUACCAUGGCAAUAUUUUUAUUCAGUGCACUGGUGUUUGUCAUUUUUGGAUCUGGUAAUGAGCAGCCAUGGGCUAGACCACCGCCUAAUAUUGAGUUGGUACAGAAAAUUGACCCUCUUGCCAGAAAGCCAUAUAGAACAUUUAUUCAACAAAAAUCAGCUAAUACCAAAGAAACCCUGCAAGCAGAAUCAAUAGACGGAAAAGCGCAACAAAAAGAUGAUAGAAUUCAUGAACUAGUAGAUAGACUGACAGAACAACUUUCAGCUGAAGAAAUCAAAAAAGAUAGUUGAUGCAAUCAAAUAUAGUCAAACCUGCCAUAAAGGUGACCUCAGCUCUAUUUAGUAAUAAAACUGGCUUGUCAGGUCAACUCUGUUUAACUAAAACAAGUCCGAUCACUCUCUCCUUUUACUGCUGUAGUAAUACCUAUGCAUUUUGAUCACCAGUUCAAAGGUUAUAAGUCCAGUUUUUCCUGCUUUCGUGUGGGACUUUUAUAUCAAGUUUGAGUGUACAUGUAUUUUACUGGAUCAUUUUAAAUUGAACAUUUAGAAAAAUUCAGUAUUUAUUGCGAGGUCUUAAGGGACUCGAAUAAUGCGACUUGGUGAUUAUCACAAUAAUAAGAACUCGCAUUCUGAUAUCUGAUAUGGAUAUCUGUAUGAAGAUUUUCCUGAAAUCGCAAUAACUAAUUUCGUAUUUUGUCAAUUCUUCAAAAAUUGCAAUAAUAAAUGCACGCAAUAAUUUUUGAAUUUACAGUACUCAAAAUGAACAACUCAAUACUGGUAAUAUGAGUUAUUGUUCAAUUAAUUGUGCAAUGUAUCCAUAUUCAUUUAUUUAUUCAUUGAUAAGUUUUUUGGAAUUUGUCAAAAAAAAGUUACAUAAGAGUUUGGUAAGGCGUUACCUGUUACUUCUAGUCAUGAUUAUGUUCCUUACUUAAAACAAAGGAUGUGUGCAGUAUACCAGGUGAUAAAAUAAAACUGUGGAUAUUCAUAUUGAUAAGAAAAAAAUAUGAUUUAGGAGAAGAAACUGUUUUCAUUGAAAGAGAAGAAAUUAACCAAGACAGAUUUUCCUGGUCCUUGUAUAUUUAUGUAUCUAAAAUUGAUUAACAUUUUUGUCUUUCUUAAUAGUUGUAAUCAAAGUUUUGGACAAAUAACCUGUCCACUAUAAAGAAAUCUCUGUGAGUCAAGUGACUGUGAUAGAACGUCGAAAGUUAUAAUGUUAUUAUUAAAAAAAAAAGUUUUAAAA